GUCAGCUGUCAAAAGCAACCGUCCAUGGGCUCUAACGCUAUGUAGAAUGCUGGGUUUUAAAGCGGCUCUCUGGUAGCGCAUGGCAGCAGAGGGGGAUGCAGGUGUCGGUUGGGCUCCGGCCUGUCUGUGUGUCCUCUGCGGGCUACCUGCAACUGGGAAGUCCACUCUGGCCCGCACGGUCCUCAGCACCGCUGCGCAGCGCGGAUGGAGAGCCACUGUGGUGCCGUAUGACGACCUGAUCCCCGAGCACGCUUUUCAGACCAGGGCGGUGGAGGACAGUGUCAAACUUCAAGAAACGCACACUGAAUGGAAGUUACACAGACAGGCAGUGUUGCAGUGCAUUGAACAGUUCUUGCAGAAACCUGAAGUGUUGCCAGAACUGCCAAGUAGCUGUCAGAUUAACUGUGAUGCAUGGGAACAAUGCAUUCGUUCUCUGCUGCAGCCUGAAGCUUUGGACCGCUCUCAGGCUGACCGGGCACCACUUCUCUUUCUACUGGAUGACAACUUCUACUAUCCAAGCAUGAGAUACGAAGUGUACCAACUUGCAAGAAAGUAUUCACUGGGGUUCUGCCAGGUGUUUCUACACUGUGAUUUAGAGUCCUGUAUCAGCAGAAACCAGAGCAGGUCUGAGCCCAUUCCCACUAAGGUGAUACAGGAGAUGGUGAAGCGUUUGGAGUCUCCAAAUCCACUGAAAAACUCAUGGGAGACAAAAAGCAUUUUGCUCAACACUACAGACAGUCUGUCCAAAUGUGACAUACAGAAGGUGAUGGAGUUGAUCUCCUCUGCAUUGAGCAACCCACUGAGCCCAGUGGAGGACAACACUGAACAAAAGGAAGCUGACCGCCUGAAAUGUGCCUCCAGCGUGGUUCACCAGGCUGACCAGGCCUGUCGGCGCCUGAUCUCUGAGGCCAUAAAGACUGCAAGGGAAAAUCGGGUGUCCUCUGAACACAUGAGGUCUUUGGCCACUCAGCUGAAUGAAUCCAAAGCAACAUUUCUUCACAACCUGCGAAAACAGCUGCUUCAGGAAACGUCUUUCACUCAAGAGGACAUUGAUGUGGAACGUGUGGUGAAAAGAGCAGUGGAUGUUUUUGACCAUGAGAAAACGGAAAUCUUAUUAAGAAUUAUGAAUGACUGUAAAUGACUUUUUCACGCAGCCAGAUUUAAGUGCACAAAUGAACGUGUGUAAUUUGUAUUUAAUUAAAUGUAAAUAAAAAGUACUU